AUGCUUGGUAUCAUUGCCGAUCUAUUCUCAUCGAUCAUUACGAUCCUCUUUCCCAUCUUUGCCUCAUACAAAGCUCUCCGCUCCUCCGAUCCCUCUCAACUGGCACCAUGGCUGAUGUACUGGGUGGUUCUCUCCGCCGUACUGAUGGCUGAGUCUUGGACGGUCUUCAUUCUCGGAUGGAUUCCCUUCUACAGCUGGAUCCGCCUCUUCUUCUUCUCCUACCUUGUCCUUCCCCAGACGCAGGGCGCUAUUAUUCUGUACCGGGAACACGUCGAUCCAUUCCUCGCCCACCAUGAGCGGGAGAUCGAAGAGUUCAUCGGCCGCAGCCAUGAGCGCGCCAAGGCUUUGGGGCUGCAUUACUUCUACCAAGCCAUUGACUACAUCCGAGAGAACAUCCUCGGUUUGCCGGCUCAGCGCCCUGCGGCUCCGCCUCCUCCGCCUCCGAGCGGCCCUGCUGCCUACGCACAGUCGCUUCUCUCACGGUUUAACAUCCCCACAGCUCCUGCAGCUGGGGGAUCGACAGGCCCUGCCGCCCCCGCUGCUGGCCAUGACUGGUUCUCCGUGAUCAGCUCCGCCGUUGCGGCAGUCACCUCGACUGGCACGAGUCCUGAAGCCCGGGGCGAGGAGCUGUCCGCUAGCGGCACUCUCCUGCCCCGUGAUAUCGCCUCCAUGUCCCGCGCAGACAAGGCUCAGUACAUCUCCCAUCAACGCGACCUGCUGGAGGUGCUACGCAGCGCACUGGCGAAGGAGGAGCGCGAGCUGCACGGCAGCGAGACGGAAACGGACGACCUAGCGUACGGCGGUACCCCGUUGCACAAAAACCCCAGCGAGAACUCGUUCCAUCACGUGGAGCACGAGGAUCUCGGCAGAAGUUCCCCAGAUCUGUCGGGCCGGGAGCCAGCCAGCGGUUCCUGGGCUACCGGAUGGCUUAGCGGCGAAUCGGCUGAUAUGCGCAAUCGUCAUCAUUGA